AUGCGAGCACGAGGACGACUAUGUAGGAGCUCCGAGCCAUGUAAACAAUUCUCCAACGUCUCACGUCGACACAUGCUUGGGAACAUUGAACAUAUGUGCAUGCAGUGCUCAUUUUACACAAGGUGCAGUCUUCGGAUCAACACCGAGGCGUCAGACUGGUUCACUUACACAUCCAAACAGUCUGGCGAUGAUUCAUUGCAGUGUUGUCAAAGUAUAUCUCCACAUUCUGGCUACCAGGGUUGUCUACUUAGUCGAUGUUAUUCGUCUAGUAUGAAUUCACGGGAUGUGUACGCCAUCCGGAGAGGAAAUAUACACUGA